AUGGUUUGGACCAGUUUUUGUUUUAGUAAACAAUUUAUUUUAUUAAUUGUUAGUAAUAAAAUGAACAGCACCGCUUAUUGUAUAAUAAAUACACCUCUAUUAGCAUUUAUUGAAGGUAAAAGUAAUAAUAUUAAUGAUGUAGAUAGCGAUUUAAAUUAUAUUUUUCAACAAGAUAAUGCACCUUGCCAUCGAGCUCGUGCAAUUAAGAUAUAA